AUGAAACGGAUCUUACCUCCUGUCACAAGCAACAAGUAUUCGUCACGCACCUGCAUAAUCAAACGAACCUUACCUCCUGUCCAAAGCAACAAGUAUUCGUCACGAAUAAUCAGUAUCAAAUGGACCUUACCUCCUGUCCAAUGCAACAAGUAUUCGUCACGAAUUCUCAGUAUCAAAUGGACCUUACCUCCUGUCCAAGCAACCAGCAUUCGUCUCGAACCUUCAGUAUCAAACAAACUUUACCUCCUGUCCAAAGCAACAAGACUUCGUCACGAACCUUCAGUAUCAAACGGACCUUACCUCCUGUCCAAAGCAACAAGUAUUCGUCACGAACCUUCAGUAUCAAACGGACCUUACCUCCUGUCAAAAGCAACAAACAUUCGUCACGAACCUUCAGUAUCAAAACGGAUCUUACCUCCAGUCAAAAGCAACAAGCAUUCGUCACGAACCUUCAGUAUCAAACGGACCUUAUCUCCUGUCAAAAGCAACAAGCAUUCGUCACGAACCUUCAGUAUCAAACGAACCUUAUAUCCUGUCCAAAGCCACAGGCAUUCGUCACGGAUUCUCAGUAUCAAACGGACCUUACCUCCUGUUCAAAGCAACAAGCAUUCGUCACGAAACUUCAGUAUCAAACGAACCUUACCUCCUGUCCAAAUGAACAAGCAUUCGUCACGAACCUUCAGUAUCAAACGGAACUUACCUCCUGUCCAAAGCAACAAGCAUUCGUCACGAACCUUCAGCAUCAAACGGAUCUUACCUCCUGUUCAAAGCAACAAGCAUUCGUCACAAACCUUCAGUAUCAAACGAAACUUACCUCCUGUCCAAACAACAAUAUUCGUCACGAACCUUCAGUAUCAAACGGACCGUACCUCCUGUCAAAAGCAACAAGCAUUCGUCACGAAACUUCAGUAUCAAACGAGCCUUAACUCCUGA